AUGUCUCCCAAAGUCUGGGUGAUCACUGGCGCAAAUUCGGGCAUUGGCCUCGCCCUGGCUCAGUAUGUACUCUCACAAGGUGACAAGGUCAUCGCGACGGUCAGGUCCAUGGCCAAAUUCACUGACAGCCUGAAAGGCGCUGAGCCGCUCAUCCUCGACCUUAAUGCGCCCGACGCCGAAAUUCGCCAGGCCGGAGAAGCGGCGCUGAAAGUCUAUGGCCAUGUCGACGUCCUCGUCAACAAUGCAGCGUUCGGCGUUGUCGGUCCAGUGGAAGAGUUAGACAUGGAAGACGUACGGAAGCAAUUCCAGACGAACGUCUUCGGCACCAUCGCCUUCACGCAGGCGUUCCUCCCCCACUUCCGCGAGCGUAAAUCAGGACACAUUCUGAAUGUAACGUCUCUCGGCGCCUUCUACAACCUUCCGCAAUGGGGUGCCUACCACGGGUCGAAGGCCGCGCUCGAUGCCUUCUCUGAGUCGCUCAGCUACGAAGUGGAGCCGUACAACAUCCGCGUCCUCGUCAUCAUGCCAGGUCACUUCUCCACCAAGUUCUUUGGCGCCUCGCUGCCCCUCGGGAAGACGUCGACGAUCUACACCGACCUGAAGCAGGGAUACAACACGCUCGCGGAGCUCCCUAAGGCGCACGUCGCCGGAAAGCAGAUUGGCGAUGUCGCGAAGUUGGCGCAGAGGGUAUACGAGGUCGUGUAUGGUACGGGACUCGCAAAGGGGCUGGUGGAGAGCCAGGGCGGUAAGAGGUCGUGGAUGCGCGUGCCUUUAGGUCCCGACGCCGGCGAGUACACCCUAGAAAAGCUCGCUGCGGUGAAAGAAAAUGUGGAGGUGUUCGAAAAGAUUUGGCGGUCCACUGACGUAGAACCGGAGCGACUCAAGUUCUAUCCCGAUGGCUAG